UAUUUACAGAGCUAGUUCUUAAUUGAGAAAGUAUUUUUUUAGACAAGUUUUAAGAUGGUAUUAUGUCCAAGACUCGGUCUCAAACUAUUCAGAACCCGUUUUGUUCUUCAGGGAUCCUUUAGAUAUGGAGCUUUAAGCACACAUCUUGUGGAGCAGAAACAUACCUGUUCACGUUUUUUUUACACAUUUUUUCUUUUGCACCGGUUUAUCUGGUGAAUAGAGUAUCCGGUGGUCCAGACCUGCAUGUGUAUAUUUGUUGUCAGUGGUGCGAGUGUGAACAUGGCGGUGGUGCUGGUGGUGUUGGUGAGGAGUUAGUUGUCUGCGUGUCUCCCUGCUCCUUUGUUUGUGUGGUGGGUCUGAAGGCAGCUGCUGGUUUGGAGGGUCUGUAGGGAUUUCAGCCCUGUGUGUUCACACACUGUUCCCAUGCCAAGGCUUGCAGAGAGAGAGAGAGAGAGAGAGUGGAGGGGGAUUGAGGAAGGGAUGGAGAAAGGGAGCGAUAUGGAGAUGGAUGAACCCGGUUAGAGAGAAGAAGACUGGGAUGGAAGGAUAAGAAGGAAGAGUGGGCGACUUUCAGGAGAGCGAUGAUGAUGAUGAUGAUGAUGAUGGAGAGUUCGGUUAUGGUGACGGAUAUGGAUAUGGAACGAGAGGGCGGGGUUAGGACACAUCCGAGGUGUCCGAUUGGUCGGUGUGAAAUUAACCAUGUCUGGACACGGAACUUGUUAAUUUGGCAAAAGUGACGAGCCGUCCCACUGACUGAUUCGCAUAGUACGCUUGCUUCCUAUCUCUCUCUCUCUCUCUCUCUGUCGCUUUCUAUCUCUCCCUCCCACCAUCUCUCUCUCUCUCUCUUUCACUCCCUCUCCCCCUCUCUCCCACCCAUUCAGGCCUCGAAGCGUGCGUAUUGGUUGAGCAUAUUGGGAGACUCUGUGCCAAAUAGGUGGGUUCAGCCCGGCGCUGGCACACUUUUGGGGCGAUGGUGAGGAAAAGAACGUAGGGAAAGAGAGAGAGCGAGUCAGAGAGGAAAAAAAAAAAGGGAGAAAGGGAAGCAUCGGUUCGGGUUUGCCAGCGACUCUCUCGCACGCUCUUCCAACAGCUAUUCGGUUCUCUGUUGUGUUUUUUUUUUCCUGCUCUUCAUUCGCUUUCUUGCUACCCCCCUCCUCGCUCGCUGUCGUCCUCUCUCUCUCUCUCUCUCUCUCUCUCUCAAUAUCCUCGAAUGCAGAGCAUACAGAUCUGAACAGACGUCACUUGCCAUUUUGCCAAACGAUUUUUCUUAUCUAACACUUUUUUUCGGUGAUUAUAUUCAUCACUCCACCUUUUUUUGCACACAGUCUUUUCUGUGUCUGAGCUAGCAGCAUAUAAACAUUUUCUCAACUUUUUUUUAUUUUUUUUCCCCAUGCUUUCCUUUUACUGUUUUGGCAAAUUAAAAUUUUUUUGGCUCUUACCCUCCAUCUAACACGUUCACUCGCGGCAAAAUUAGCUUGGCAUUUUUUUAUUUUCUCGACUCUCAGAUUUUCCUGUCCUAGGCUAAUAUUUAGGAAAAUGACAUUUAUUUCUCCGACUAGCGAGAAUUAGGACAUGCGCUAUUGACUAAAAUCCAGGAGAGGACCUGCUCUACUUUUCUUUUUAUUUAUUUAUUUUGUUUGUUUGUUUACGCUGAAGUUUAUGAUGAAAGUGCAAAAUGGAUGAGUUCCACCCGUUCAUCGAGGCGCUCCUGCCGCACGUGCGCGCCUUCUCCUACACCUGGUUUAACCUGCAGGCACGCAAGCGCAAGUACUUCAAGAAGCACGAGAAGCGCAUGUCCAAGGACGAGGAGCGCGCCGUGAAGGACGAGCUACUGGGAGAGAAGCCUGAGAUCAAGCAGAAGUGGGCAUCGCGCCUCCUGGCCAAGCUGCGGAAGGACAUCCGGCCUGAGUUCCGCGAAGAUUUCGUGCUCAGCGUGACGGGCAAGAAGCCUCCAUGCUGCGUGCUCUCCAACCCAGACCAGAAAGGCAAGAUGAGGCGCAUCGACUGCCUGAGGCAGGCGGACAAGGUGUGGAGGCUGGACCUGGUCAUGGUGAUCCUGUUUAAAGGCAGCCCGCUGGAGAGCACAGACGGAGAGCGGCUGGUCAAAUCGCCACAGUGCUCCAACCACAGCCUGUGUGUCCAGCCGCACCACAUUGGCGUCUCGGUCAAAGAGCUCGACCUCUACCUGGCCUACUUCGUCCACUUGCCAGAAUCAGGACAAUCAGACAGUUCCAGCCAGCAGGCAGACUCAGACAUCAAACCCCCACCGAACGGGCAUCUGAACUUCCAGGACUGCUUCGUCACAUCGGGGGUUUGGAACGCAGCCGAGCUCGUACGAGUUACACAGACUCCUGUCGCCUCUGCCUCGGGUCCUAACUUUUCAUUGGCCGACCUGGAAAACCCCGGCUACUACAACAUCAACCAAGUAGCACUGGGAAGACGCUCACUGACAUCACCACCGUCUACUAGGGCUGAGGUGGAGUUGUACGCGAGUCUUCCUCGGAGCUCCACUAAACGUAAGUCUAUAGAUGACAGUGAGAUGGACAGUCCAGUAGACGAUGUGUUCUACCCCACGCGCUCCCCUGCUGGAACCAGCUCACAGUCCAGUGGUUGGCCUAAUGAUGUGGAUGCAGUGCAGCACCACUUGGCCAGCGUUCAGGAGAGGAAGAUAAAACAUGAGAACGAUGGUGUGCAGUUCCCAUACCAUGGGCUGUCCUCUCCCGGGUCUCUAAAGAAGCCUUCGGGGAAAUUCGAUUUCGGCGCCCUGUCGGCUCAGACGAGGUCCCCCCGCAUGGCCUUCACACACCACCCACUGCCCAUGCUGGCGGGAGUGAGACCAGGAAGUCCCAGAGCCUCAGCCUCCGCUCUCCAUUUCCCGUCUCCCUCCAUCAUCCAGCAGUCCAGCCCGUACUUCACUCACCCCACCAUCCGCUACCACCAUCACCAGGACCCGCUCAAGGAGUUCGUCCAGUUCGUCUGCUCAGACGGCACGGCCCAACCCGGUGCUCAGCCUAACGGGAGCGGUCAGAGCAAAAUGGCCGGCUCUUUCCUGUUUCCUCCGCCUCCUCCGGUGGCACGGCCGGUGCCGCUCCCCAUCCCCGAGCCCAAACCCAGCCACACACACCCCGACGGGGGACUCGGCUCACCCGCAUCGCCCUCAUACUCCUCGCCAAGCUCCACAGCUCCCAACAGGUUUGUCGGCAUCGGAGCACGGGACAACUUUCUAAACAUCCCACAGCAAACACAGUCUUGGUUUCUUUGACAAGAUCCACCUGAAACACACAGAUACAAAGUCUGUAGCUGAAACGUGAAACACAAAGCUAGGUAUGGACCGCUAUGAGCUAAUCACUCACAACCCCCCUCUCUCUCUCCAUCCCUGAUCCACUCGGAUAGACCUGCAAGCAUUCUGAAACCUUCACCAUCAGCCCUCCAACCAGGAAUCUGGAAAUCUUCCAUAUCAGUCUUCAAAAACUGCACGAUUCUGCAAACUGGAAAGAGAGAAAACAACAAAACAAAACACACGUAAACCAGGAAAACGGCAAAGACCAGAAAGAGGAAAAUUCCAUCCUGGAUGAAGAAGAGAUAUGAUUAUUUCAUUAGAAGAAGACUUUGUAUUGGUUUGUAAUCAAGUUAACCUGAGUAUUGACCAAUCUUUUCAUCCUUUUCCUUUUUAUUUUUAUUUUUUUUUGCAUCGUCCACCGAUCGUCCAGCGGGGCCAAACCAUUCUGCUUUCACUCCAUCACCGAAUGUUUCCACAGUUCAUGAUAUUUGUAUUUACUUCCAGUGAAAAUGAAGCCAAGCGUGAAACCCGGGGUCAUGUGAUCAUCCACGUCAAGCUGCACCUGAUUCUGUCCCAAGCAUCUGAUUGGAUAAGAAAAUUUUCCCCAGCACCCUGGGUGUUGUUUGGCCCGUCGUGAAAUAAUGGGUGUGUCCCAAAUGCUAGAACAAUUAGCGUUAAUUAAAACACUAAAAACAAAACGUUAGCACAUGUGAAAUCUCAUUACAUUAUAGAAAUCUUUAAAUAGUUAACCGAUAUACUUUCAAUCUGAUAUCAGGUUGUGUGUGUAACACGCGAGUGUGUGUGUGUGUGUGUUAUCACCAUAGAGCAGGAGAGUCGUAUUGUCUCAAAUGAACACUAACUCCUGACCGGAAGAUUAAGUCCCAUUCAAUGGCAAAUGACGUCAAACGGAUCGUAACGUGAUGCCGUGAGGUAUCGCAUCGGAGUGCGCUGAAUUUUUAAAACGCUAAAAAAUAAAACACACAAUCUUUAGGCUAAAUAGAAAGAUUUGUAAAAGGAGUGUCGUCCAGCGUCAGCACCUUGUAGGCUCACUCCGCCCAUUGACCAGCUCCCCGCCAAUCACAUGACACGCUUUCUCUAGAAACACGUGUGGCAUCUUUGCUAUGUGAAAUUUAACCCGCUCUGGUCAGACCAUACACAAGUUAAACCGACCUGGUUGAGAGAGGGAAAAAAAACGAAACACAGGAACGAGAAAAGAAAAUCUGACCACUAAUGAGCAUCAGCGCUAGCGAGUGAACAGGAUACAACAGUAGAAAAAACAUGACGCACUUUUCUGGCGACGUUUCUAUUUGUACACCGCCGCAAAAUAUGUCCUUUUCAGGCGACCGUGACGUGUUUGGGACACACCCGGCGUUAGCACGCACGUCUUCGUCUGUUUGUCCUCUGAACAUAUCAACGUGAAAGUGUGAAGACAUGAAGGGGUGCUGGGGUGCGCUCGUAGCCCACCACAUACAACAAACCUCCACACGCUCCAGCUAAUUAGCUAUCAGCUAAUGACGUUAAUAAACAGGUUUUUUUUGUUUAGCAGUAAACCGAAGACAGUGACGCAUUAGCGAAAAUCGCAAAGUGUUGUAAAGCCUUUAUAAAUGCACAAAUUCGGCUUUUAUGACCAUCAUGCGUUUAAAAAUUUUGCACCACUUCCAGCAGUAAAUGUUUCUCUGUGGUACGUGCAGCCACAGACACAAAGCCUGAAAAACUCUCUCUCUCUCUCUCUCUGACUCAGUAUCUCUUUCUCUCUCUCUCUCUCUGACUCAGUAUCUCUUUCUCUGUCUCUCUCUCUUUCUCUCUCUCUCUCUCUGACUCGGUAUCUCUUUCUCUGUCUCUCUCUCUCUCUCUCUCUCUCUGACUCGGUAUCUCUUUCUCUGUCUCUCUCUCUCUCUCUCCCUCCCUCCCUCUCUCUCUGUCUCUCUCUCUCUCUCUCACUAUCUCUGACCCUCUCUCUCUCUCUCUCUCUCUCUCUCUCACUAUCUCUGACCCUCUCUCUCUCUCUUUCUCUCUCUCUCUCUCCCUCUCUCUCUCUCUCUCUCUCUCUGCUGAAAGUGGGUUGUUUUGGUUUGCAGUAGUUUGUUUUAACUGGUUUUCAUGUUGUGUCAUCUGAGGUUUUUUUUUUCUUUCACAGAAUUAACUGCAUGAGAGUUUAGUUUCUUUCAGGUUUGAUUUUACAGUUUAUUAACAUUAACAUACAAAUGUACGACUUCUACAGUGACACUCUUGUGAAUAUAUAUAUAUAUAUAUAUAUAUAUAUAUAUAUAUAUAUAUAUAUAUAUAUAUAUAUAUAUAUAUAUAUAUAUUACUGACAUCACUUCCUCUGUACACACAUUAUUUGUGGGUUGUUUUUGUUUCGCUCUCCAUUACAGAUUUGGUCAAGGGUGUCAGUACUGACCAUUCAUACACAUGUCGUUGCACUAUGAUUAUAUAGUUUAAUUUCCUUAAGAUGGAAAAUCUUUUUGUUCCCCCCUGCUUUCUCGAAUGUGAAUACGAACAAACCGGUCCCAACGUUCCACUGCAUCUAUCUGCAUCCCGACAACACCACUGACAUCACAAAAUAACUGGACUGCCUGGCUGUCAGUCACUCGUCAGGGAUUCUUUUACUCAUUAGCCCCCCUCCCCUCCCUGACGAUCCCACCGAUCCGCGCAGCAAAGUGCCUCCCUUCCUUUUUUAUGCAACCUGGCGUCGAAUUCAGGGUCUGUAUUUCGUGUAUAAGCUACAGAAUCAAUGUACAAUAUGUAUCAUGGCUUAGCAAGAACCAGAAGACUGGAAACACAUCGCCUUUAUAAAUAUAUAUUAUCCAGACAUUAAAAAAUAAUAAUAAUAAUUAUAAUCAUACUCGUACGUGCUGUGUAUAUAUAUGGAAAUAUGUAUAGUAGCUCUUCUUUGGAAUACGGCAGUCUAGUUAUUUUUUGAACCUUUCACCCCACUUCACCUCAAUCGUCUUCCAAACAGUCAUGAAAUAAUAACGCUAUCGUUCAUAUGCGCUGCAAGACUGAUAAGAAAUAUCAGUGUUAGUAUUUAAAGUGGGAAAAGAGAGUGAGGGGUUUGUGGGCUGAAGAUACAAACCUGUGAGUCUGUACCAGAAAUGUACGAAUUUAAAGAUUUCUUUUUUUUCUUUUUUUUUAAAGUCUGCUUGUCCUGGACUCUAAACUCAAGGGCCAUGAACAGUAUCCCAAACUUUAUAAAAUUUUGGGUCUUUUUUCCCCCCUACUUCAUUUAGCUUUAUCCUUUUUUUAAUGUUAUAUUUGUAAUCAUUUGUUUUUAAUCUAUUAAGGAGGGUGGAAUGAACAAUUUUACAGCACAGUGUAUUACAGUACAGAUCCUAGUGCUUGUUCACGUGGGUUCAGUCUCUGCUGAUAAAGAAAUAAGACUUUCUCUUCGGACACGUGUUCGAGAACGUGGGUCUUCUUCGGUGAGCUCGCUGGGGGUGGGCUUCAUCGAUUUUCCAAAUUGCUUGUGACAAAAGGCAUUUUAUUUCAACCUUUAAAAAAGACCGUAUUUUAUUCGGUAAAUAAAGGAAACGAAAACUCCACGUACUGAAACACGGAGAGUCCAGCUCAUCGUCCAGCUCAUUCAUUUCAGAGACCACUUUAAAAAACCACACACACAGGAUUUCAUUACUGUAAAUUAAGGAAACCGAUCAGCAAAAGUGUUUUAUGCCUUUGUGAUGAUUUGAAAGAUGUUGUACUGAGUAUUUGUAGAAGUUCUUGUAGUUUUUAGGCAGUGUGAAGACUGGUUCCUGGAGGAGGAGGAGGAGGAGGAGGAACAGUCCAGAGAUUCAUGGAAUCAUGUGGAAGAAUGAAACUUAGACAGGCUUCAUUCCAAAACUAACCCAUUACCCUCCCAACCCCCAAAAAACCUUGCCUCUGCCCAUCCCCCACAAAACCUUCCCUCUGCCUAUUCCCCACAAAACCUUCCCUCUGCCUAUUCCCCACAAAACCUUCCCUCUGCCUAUUCCCCACAAAACCUUCCCUCUGCCCAUCCCCCACAAAACCUUCCCUCUGCCCAUCCCCCACAAAACCUUC